UGAGGUUUAUCGCUGUCUCAAGUUAACGCAAGCUAAGUGAAAUCCAAGAUGAAGUGGCUGUUUUUGGUUACGCUCACUCUCCUUGCCGUCAGCGUUUUCAGUGCUGCAUUCAACAAGGAAGAAGAUGUACUUUUAAAAGAAUUGAUGAAGGACGAAAAGGAAGGGGCUGAUGAAACCGAGACAGAAGAAGGGGAGGGUCGUUUUGUUCGGGAAACAAAGGAAGAAUUAGAAGACGAGGAAGAAGACGAGGCAGAAAUGGCGAAAUCAUCUUUGACGGAAAAUGACGAAAAUGACGGUACCCAAAAUGACGAGUCCGAAGGUAAUUUUCCAGAAAUGGACGAGAAGGAAGCUCCCAUUGACAUCAAGGCAGCUUUUGAUGAAAAAGAAGACAUGACAAACGAGAACCCCGAACAGUAGUCAAGUACACCAAAAAAAUUAAGGGGCAAAUCUGUAGAAUGAAAACUUAAAAUCUGUCAGCAUAUUUCAAACCAAGAGACUUCUUGAGUCUGUAAAAUAAAGUAAAAACAAUCUGA